AGGGGAGAUAGAACUCGACAUGACACACAAGAACAGCAGAGCAUCGUCGAGAGAACGAGAAUGCUGGUAAGGAUCUUGAAUGAUUGUGAAUGCUGUUCGCGUGGCAGUACUCACGUCAAGAGUUGAAUUGACGUGAGUAGAAUGCGAUCAAGUUGCAUAACAUGAUAGUAUACGUUCUACCGCACGCCCUUCCGCAGGAUCUUGAGCGCAUUCUAGAUAUAAAGUGGACUUGCCAAAAGUAGUACGAGGGAGCGUGAGUCGCUCCUUAGUAGGAGUGGUUACGCAAAGCCACUACACGACGUAAGUUACGUAACAAAAUAGCACUCUUUGCCGGCACACGCAUUCUCAACGGCUACGGAAAGGCGUCUACUGCCACUGUACUAGGGUUUUCUUCUGACAGCCACAUGCAUCUAAUUCUGCACAGCAAAAACCAUAGGAUCCCUAGUGUAACUGUAAAAAAGCACAAGCUGUAACGGGCAGUGCGACUGGCCCGUCCUGAUGCAUUGCUUGUCUUUAGGUACAUAAGCCAGCUCGACUGCAUAUCGGAUCAAGCAACGAAGCAAUUCGAACAUGGAAGAAUCCCAGGCACCUACGUCUCCACAAUCCUGGCUCAUAGAACAGCUAUAUCUGCCCCCAGAGCACCAGAAUAUCGAUGGCGUUGUAGUAUGCACCGAUCUGCUUCAAGACACUCUUUUUCGCAGCCAAACGUCGCUUGAGGGAGAUCAGCAGCAACUUCGUUCCUUGCGUCUUUCCUUGGGCGUGGCAUUGACGAUCCUCUUCACGAAUCAUCUAUCCCCGCAAAAGGAUGACUAUUACAUCCAGAAUGCCAUUGGUCAUCUCAAAGGUGCACUUGACUCACUUCCCGUUGACGCGCACCUAGAAAGGUUUUUUAAUUUGCAGUUCUUGUUGCGAAGCCAACGGUGCGCGAUUGCUUCGUUUCAAGACACCAGAGGAUGUACAUGCCUCAAUACGGUAUGCAACGGAUAUUUUGCACAUGUGCGAGGCUUCGUACCUCCCCUCUGCCAUACGCCAACCAAUCGUUUUCGUCAUCAUGUCCCUCCAUUAUCAAUUUCUUGAUGGCGGCUGCGCGACGCCGGAGGAUCGUGAAAGAAUAGUGAAGAUCCUCUCCGACGAGUUUGCGUUGUAUUCUCGUCCCACACACACGAACUCAGAACCAUCUUCGGACGUUGAAGGUUACCAGGGAGCUUUCCACUUUCUCCAGCUCACACACCUGCUCCAGAACAAGGAUACGCAACCACCCCUACGUAGCACCAUGCAUACGUCAGGGACAAUCGAUCCUCAUGAUUUUGCGUACUAUAAUUGUCUCCUCUUCCGCGGUUUUAUCCUCAAACUUACUUUCAUGGAAGAAAGUGGCGAAUGGGACAUGCUUGACGAAGCCAUUGAGAUCUUUUCCGAAGGCGCCCGAGACUGUCCCUCCGAUCAUCCAGCGUACUUAUUUUUCUUGAAGAACGGUUUCGACUCCACAAGGGUACGACUCCUGUCCUUCCCUAAUGAGAAACCAGAACAAGGCAACCAGGAAAUCUCACAAGACAUCGGCAUCUUCAUUGACAUGUUUGGUCGCUUAUCGCAUGCCGACGAGGAACCACAGAACAAGUCAGUUUAUGAACAAGUUAGUCUCUUCCCUCCCGAGUCUGUGCUCUCGUUCUAUGAACUCUGGCCUCUGAGCCUCCGUUCCAUAGCGGAAAGGGCAGGAGGCGAUCUUACAUUUCAUGCUCGUACUCUGGAUAAAGCGAUAUCACAAACAUGGACAACUCUUGUCGAGAGGCCAUGGCAUGACGACCUACAUCUCAUCCUCUCUCAGCUCCACAAAUGGCGGUUUCGCUUCUUCCGUGACGAGGAGGAUGCGAAGCUAUGGCGAGAUCUUCUUAUCACAUAUUCCGAAGGACAUUUGUGGCCCGUUGAGAAGACAUUACUGAGGGGAUACCAGACGGAAUUGUAUAUAGAACCACAAACUCCGUUCCAUGAUCUUUCGGAGGCCCUCGGUAUUCUUCUAGAGGACCUUCAAGACACGUCUCAGCCCAUCCCAAGUCGUAUCCGGACCACGAUGAGAUUUAUUAACGAGAUAGAACAUUCAGGGACCAAAAACAUGGAUGCAUCCUGUGAGGUGGCGUACUAUUUGUCCGAAGCUGUCCAGCUUCUGCCUGGAGCUUCAAACUUUGGGCAGGACGUGCGAACUCGAUUAGAAAUAUCUCGUUCGGCUCAGGACUUGGUAAAUCGUGCUGCCUGCUUCGUCCUCUUCACUGAUGAACCACUCCCUGCCGUGCGGUUGCUGGAGCAAGGUCGCUCUACCUUCUGGACCAAGGCGAUGCAGUUGCGCACGAUGAAAUCCGCUCUGCUUCCUGAUUCGCUUCAAAAGUCGCUUGACUUUUUAUCAAAUGAGCUGGAGGAGCGAAUAUAUACCCACAACAAGCGAUACCAGGACAGGGGCGCCAUGAAACUGGAUGUAGGGAAGGAGUACGCGUACCGGCAGUAUCUGAGGGUGCAGUUGGAGAAGAAAUUGGACGAGAUUAGGACAUUACCUGGGAUGGAGGACUUCAUAACGCAAGAAGACUUUGAUUCAGAGUUAGCUGCUGAGGUCUCCAAGGAUGGACCGGUUGUAAUGCUGGUUGCAAGUUCGCACUCAUGUGCUGCUAUCACCCUCAUCUCGCCCGGGAACGUGGUCCACGUUCCCCUACUGGAUGUUACCGAGGACUCCCUGAAAGCGGUUCGAUGGUUCAUUGGAGGUAUUCAGUCGGAUGUGGAGAACCAUACUAUAAGCGAUGAGCCUCGUCACUUCUCCGUACCACUUGACAUACUUCGCGCUGAAGACGACUUUGAUUCCGCUGAAGCAGUUGUUGAUGACGGUCCAGAUCGAUAUGGAAGACCGAAAGGUAAGGCUAAAUCAGACAAGGACUAUCGCUGGGUGGCCUACGCCUUUCUGUGGAACUCCGUAGUCAGGCCUGUUAUAGAAUCACUAGGCUUAGGCAAAUCGGGGGGUCGGAACCGCCCUCGAUUAUGGUGGUGCCCGACUGGUGCCUUUAGCCUCCUGCCGAUUCAUGCUGCCUUCGUCCCCGGGAAAGUCUCUUGCUCCGAUUACAUUGUUUCAUCAUAUACUCCGUCUCUGAGGGCAUUACUCAACGCACGUCGAGCUUUCCAGCCAAUAGAUCGCAGUUCCUGUCGGAUCUUAUUGGGCGCAGUACCACGUCCGAUAUAUGGAUCGUCCCUCCCUAGCACUGUGGAGGAAAUCCUUGGAAUCAGUGAUGUGGUACCCGCUGAACUGAUUCUUCCCAUUCCGCCCGAGGAUUCGGUCUUCUCUGAUUCUGUGACCAAUGGACUCUCCGCAUCUACCUUCCUGUCUCAACUGGCAGAUACAACUGUUCUGCACCUGGCUUGCCACGGGAGACAAAACCUCGAUAACCCUCUGGAGAGCGGUUUCGUCUUGCGAGACAAGUUUGUCACUAUAUCUGAGUUGAUGCCAAUCACCUCGCAUGGCGCUUUCCUCGCUUUCCUCAGUGCUUGUGAGACUGCGAGAGGAAGUGGAGGGCAGCCGGACGAAGCAGCUCACCUUGCCGCGACGAUGCUUUUUGCAGGGUUCAAGAGUGUUAUUGGUACUAUGUGGCCAAUGGACGACAUGGAUGGUCCCGACAUUGCUGAAGGCGUAUAUCGUGAGCUCUUCGCAGAUGGCAGAGAGCUGCUAGAUCCAAAUGCAGUUGCUUAUGCUUUAGAUGAUGCUGUACAACGUCUGCGGAGCAGUGGAGUUUCCGAUGAACGUUGGGCCCCGUACAUACAUUUCGGCAUUUGAUGUCUCACACCUGGAAUCGGGGCAUGGUUAGGCGAUCUCAUGUCCACUAUAAGUGCGACAGCCUAACGCAAGGGUCAUGCGUUGCCCCCCGAAUUCACUUUCUGAAGGAUUUCGUGGUUCCAAACUAUUACCCAUUAUCCUCGUGAUAGCGUACUCAUUACAAGUUCUGACAAUAUAUGAAAUCAUUGACUAUGCAGACC